UUAUGUGGCAUCCGUAUUCUCGAUUUUUUCAACAACAAGCUUUACAAUGGCGUUGUAAUUUCCUCUCUGACUCGCUGCUAUAUCCUCACGUGUACCCCACCUCUACAUUCUUCAACUCACUCUUAAAUUGUCUAUGGGUAUAAUUAAGACUGAAAUCAAACAUGCGUUCCUUCAUCGGACAGCUUAAACAUGUACCAGCACCAAAUAGAUUUAGUGUUAGCCAAGCUAAACACAGACCGAGCUUAACUAUUUACAGUGUGACCAGCAGCUAUUUACAGUCUUAUCACUACCAGUUAUGCGAAAACAUGCUUUGGCAACAAGGAGGAUGUUUACCAAGAGAGAGAGAAAGAGGAACAAAAAAAAAACCAAGCAAGUUUGUGCUAAGUUUUAGUGUUAUUGAUAUGUACUUGACGCCGUCUGUGCUUCUACUGAUUUUCUUCAGUUUUGAAGAAGAAAUCUUCUUUCUGAUUUACUUUACCCUUUCCCCGGCGUUCUCGUUUUUGCUCUUCGGGUAAUGAUGCUAUGGGAAGUUGAUCUUCGCUAUCUUAUUACGUUUUUCCACAGUAUACAUUCAAUUUUGUUCUUAUUUCGGCUCCUAGUAUAAUCUUGGUCUGCCCAUAUUAUAGUAAAAAGGAGUAAAA